AUGCGUGCUCCCGUGGUUGUCGCAGCGCGACCUGUGCGCUGCGGCGUGCGCGUGCAGGGAUCUAAGAGCCGCCGCGUAUCAACCUGCGCUGUGGAAGCUUCGUCUCUCUCUGCCUCUCGGUUCUCCUCUCCUGUCCCCACGUCUUGUGCUCUGCCUCUCGGUUCUCCUCUCCUGUCCCCACGUCUUGUGCUCUGCCUCUCGGUUCUCCUCUCCUGUCCCCACGUCUUGUGCUCUGCCUCUCGGUUCUCCUCUCCUGUCCCCACGUCUUGUGCUCUGCCUCUCGGUUCUCCUCUCCUGUCCCCACGUCUUGUGCUCUGCCUCUCGGUUCUCCUCUCCUGUCCCCACGUCUUGUGCUCUGCCUCUCGGUUCUCCUCUCCUGUCCCCACGUCUUGUGCUCUGCCUCUCGGUUCUCCUCUCCUGUCCCCACGUCUUGUGCUCUGCCUCUCGGUUCUCCUCUCCUGUCCCCACGUCUUGUGCUCUGCCUCUCGGUUCUCCUCUCCUGUCCCCACGUCUUGUGCUCUGCCUCUCGGUUCUCCUCUCCUGUCCCCACGUCUUGUGCUCUGCCUCUCGGUUCUCCUCUCCUGUCCCCACUCCCUCGUGCCUCUCAAUCCCCUCGUGACUCUCAAUCUCAACGCGUGCCAGCAAGUCACGGACCAAGGGGUCACCACUGCCGCAAAGCUGCUCCCUAACCUCCGCUCCUUCUCGCUCUACUGGAAUCUCAAAGUGACUGAUUCAGGGGUGAAGCAAGUGGUGCUGCGCUGCUCCUCGUUACAGUCACUCAACCUUAGUGGAUGCAAGAACAUCACUGACACAUCGCUUCGCUUCAUUGCCGACUCGCUUCCCCACCUCAAGUCCCUCAACCUCACCCGGUGCGUGCAAGCGACAGACAAGGGUCUCAAGAACAUCACAGCGGGAUGCUUCCAUUUGGAAGAACUGCUGCUCUACGCACUCUCCAGCUUCACAGACCUGUGCCCCUCUUUUCCUCAACCAUCGGAUCGGGCACCUCUCCCACCUGCGAGUGCACCUCGUCCCCUCCGUGCCUCCCCUCGUUCCCCCCACACCCACCCUCCACCCACCAGCUUUACAGAUGAUUCCCUGGCAACCAUCGGGCACCUCUCCCACCUGCGAGUGCUCGACCUGUGCGGGAUGAAGGGAUUGGUCAUCCCUGAGGGAGGCGGCAAGGGAUUGGUCAUCCCUGAGGGAGGCGGCAAGGGAUUGGUCAUCCCUGAGGGAGGCGGCAAGGGAUUGGUCAUCCCUGAGGGAGGCGGCAAGGGAUUGGUCAUCCCUGAGGGAGGCGGCAAGGGAUUGGUCAUCCCUGAGGGAGGCGGCAAGGGAUUGGUCAUCCCUGAGGGAGGCGGCAAGGGAUUGGUCAUCCCUGAGGGAGGCGGCAAGGGAUUGGUCAUCCCUGAGGGAGGCGGCAAGGGUCAUCCAGAUGCUCGAUCAGCACUGGCGCUGGUGUGUUUUGAGUCGACUCAAAACAUCCCAGAUGCUCGAUCAGCACUGGCGCUGGUGUGUUUUGAGUCGACUCAAAACAUCCCAGAUGCUCGAUCAGCACUGGCGCUGGUGUGUUUUGAGUCGACUCAAAACAUCCCAGAUGCUCGAUCAGCACUGGCGCUGGUGUGUUUUGAGUCGACUCAAAACAUCCCAGAUGCUCGAUCAGCACUGGCGCUGGUGUGUUUUGAGUCGACUCAAAACAUCCCAGAUGCUCGAUCAGCACUGGCGCUGGUGUGUUUUGAGUCGACUCAAAACAUCCCAGAUGCUCGAUCAGCACUGGCGCUGGUGUGUUUUGAGUCGACUCAAAACACACAUGAAGGUGGCAAGGGAUUGCAUCUCACAGACGAGGGACUGGAGGGCAGUUCACGCUGCUCUCACCUCUCUGAGGGAUGGGCGUCAAGGCCUGGACUACACAAGCUAGUGCUCUACUUGUUCUCAGUCACAUCUCGCCUCACGUCUCAUCCCACUCCUCCCCCAACAGCUUCUCACAGACAAGGGAUUGAAGAGUUGACUUUUGAGUCGACUCAAAAGUCGACUGAAGGGCAUGGCACGCUAUUUUUGAGGCGCCUCAAAAUCGGUCUCUCCCUUUCCUCCUCUCCAUUCUAUAGCACUGCAUCCCUCUCCAACCAACAGCAUCUGACCGACACUGGACUGGAGGGCAUUGCACGCUGCACUCACCUCGUAUCACUCAACCUCUCAUGGUGUGUGCUUAUAACGGAUCAAGGCCUCAUCCAAGUGGCAUCGUCCUGUCAUCAUAUCGAGCUUCUAAGUUUACACGGCAUAAGGGGGGUCACAGAUGCGGCCAUGGCUGCCCUCUCCGCUUCCUGCCGUACCUCCCUGCACACAUUGGAUGUCAACGGCUGCGUGGGAAUACAGGAUCGUUCUCACGACCAUCUGAAGCUGCAAUUUCCACGGCUGGCGUGUUUCACUGUUCAUAAAUAG